AUGGAGAUUUUCAAGAAAUGGGAGAUUAACAUACCCUUCUCUGAAGCUUUGCAACAAAUGUCUUCAUAUGCUAAAUUUUUGAAGGAAUUCCUUACUAAGAAAAGGAAAUACAUUGAAGAGGAAACCAUUGUAGUACAAGGAAACUGCAGUGCUAUCAUACAAAAGCUUUUACCUCCCAAGUUAAAAGAUCUAGGAAGUUUCACCAUUCCUUGCACUAUAGGAAAUAUAUCUGUUGGAAGGGCAUUAAUUGAUUUGGGAGUCAGUAUUAAUCUAAUGUCGCUCUCUAUGUUUAAGAAGAUUGAAGGUUUGGAACUCAAGCCUACUCGAAUGACUCUUCAACUAGCAGAUAGAUCUCUGAAAUAUCCUUAUGGGGUAGUUGAAGACGUGCUUGUGAAGUUGUCAUCAGAUGUGAAUGUGCCUCUCAUUCUUGGGAGACCAUUUAUGAAGACUGCAAGAGUCUUAAUUGAUGUGGAGAAUGGCAAGCUUAAAGUAAGAGUUCAAGAUGAAGAAGUGAAUUUUGAUGUGUUUGAAGCCAUGUCACAUCCCAAGGAUGAUAAAGCAUAUUUCUAG